AGUAAAUACUGCCAUGUCCAUGAAAUAUAAACACAACUACCUUUUUGUAAAAAUUUAAAUAAAAAUUAACAAAAGCGAACAUGGCCGAUAAAGGAGGCUAUAAUCCCUACGAAAAUCGAAAUGUGGUUAAACCAAUAUCGGAUUUUGGGGCUUUCAUUUCGCUACUCAAAAGCGUGGUGGGAACCGGAGUGUUGUCCCUUCCCUUGGCUUUUUACUUCGCAGGCAUCAUUAAUGGCAUUGUCCUGCUCAUUUUGGCUUCAAUAAUGCUAAUUCACGGCAUUCAGAUGCUGAUUAUUUGCAUGGUGGAGUGCUCCCGACGGAUGCAGAUCGGCUAUGCCACCUUUCCACAGGCGAUGGAGUACUCCUUUGGCCAGGGCCCCAAGUGCUUCAGGUACUGCUCAAAAGCGGGAGGAUAUUUCUGCGAUGGAUUUUUGGCAGCUUCUCAAUUUGGUGUCUGUGUCGUUUACAUUGUCUUUGUGUCAGUCAACUUUAAGCAGCUUAUAGACUUUUACUGGGGAGUGGCUGACAUAAGGAUCUAUGUAACCGUUAUUGGACUCCUCUCGAUAGCCCCAUUCCUGAUACGGUCACUGAAGUACCUGAUACCUUUCAAUAUAGUGGCCACCAUUCUCAUAUACAGCGGCUUUCUUAUGAUGAUGUACUACUUGUUUGUGGGUCUGCCUCCAAUAUCGGAACGCAAUAUCGUUUUUGGCCCUAUUGAGAAGUUGCCUUUAUUUUUUGGCAUCGCUCUUUUCUCGAUCACCUCGGUGGGAGUGAUGCUGGCGGUCGAAUCCCAGAUGGCCAAGCCGCAACAUUACCUUGGUUGGUUUGGAGUUCUCGAUUGGGCCAUUGUGAUAGUUUUAAUUUCUUAUAUAUUUUUUGGAAUCAUGGGCUACUGGCGGUAUGGCGACCAAAUUGCUGACAGUGUCUCACUUAAUAUUCCCACAAACGAAGUACUUGCUCAGGUUUCCAAGGCCUUUAUUGCCAUGGCCAUUUUCCUGUCGUAUCCCUUAGCCGGCUAUGUGGUAAUCGACAUAAUAAUGAACCAUUACUGGAACAAGAGUGGAGAGCUGAAGCACGCCGUGCUGAAGGAGAGCAUCCUCCGAGUGGCUAUGGUGUUACUGACCACCAUAACUGGCAUACUUGCCCCGAAUCUGGGUCCCCUGCUGUCCCUGGUCGGAGCUCUUACCAUAUCGCUGUUGAACCUGGUAUUUCCCGCCCUGAUCGAGAUCUGUCUGUAUUAUCCGCCGGAGUAUAACUAUGGCAAGCUCAAGUGGAAGCUCGUAAAGGACAUUUUUUAUGUAGUCAUAGGCCUCAUUAUUUUGGUGCAAGGCACCGUUUUCUCCAUAAUGAAUAUGAUCAGGGAGUGGGGUGGCGGACAAGGAGCGACAACUGGUGGCACGGAUGGAACCACUACAGUGGACACCACAAGUACCGACAAUAUCACCACUCUGCUCACCACAGCCAUUGCAGCUACCAAUGAACCCACUCAGGAACCCGCUUUAAGAUUCCUAUAGGGAAUAGGCUUUAUAUUCUGAUGCACCAUAUCAAUCCGAUCAAUGCUCUUAGUCUUAAUGGCCUUUACCGGUGGAAUGGCAGGCACAGUGAUUACCAUGAGCACUUUCGUUAGGCUGUCAUAAAGAGUCAUAAGAUAUGGAUAC